AAAAGCUCGCGUCUCCAGGGAAACGCAAAGCGUCAACAGCAAGUCAAGUUAGCUUAGUAGCUGCUGGCCGCAGUGUCCGUUUUGCUACGCUAGAUAUGAUUUUUAACGUGAAGUUAAAGUUAUAGUCUAGGUUAUAAUUUGAUGUUAUUGGAGUUUCAAUGUGGUGGAAGCUUUACUUCAUGUACUCUUAAAUACGUUGCUAAAGAAUUUAAGCAUUUCUGAAUGGACUGUCUUGGAGUAUCAUCUGCCAAGAGCCUUCAGGCUCUGUCUGCACUUUUAUCCACUCAGGAAGAGGAAGAAGAAGAUGAAGACUGUAAAAAUGUGACAUGUGUACGAAUGGAUCCUGGACAUAUCGGGCCCCCACCCCCAAAAAAUAAAGAAGUGCCAAAUGCCUACACAAAGAAGAACAGUAAAGAUAUCUGGAGUGAGGAAGAGGUGGCUGAGGGCUCCCACUAUGAUAACUUGGCUGAUCCACGACCACAACCUGAGUAUGAAAUUAUCCUUAAACAGAGUGUGGGAACAGAGGACCUGUUCCUGGGCUUAAGCAGAAAAGACCCAUCCUCCAUGUGCUGUGAAGCCAUGCUGGUGAAAAUCAAACUACCAGACACCAAAGCAACUGAUGUCAUCCUGGAUGUAAAGGAGAAGUUCCUUGAUCUACGAACACCGAAAUACAAACUGGGUCUGCACCUGCCCAAUCCCAUCCACAGUCAGGAAGGGAAGGCCCAAUUUUUCAGUGACAAGGAGGAACUGGAGGUGACUCUACUGAUGAAACGACCCAUGGACUUUAUCAACAUGUAAGAAAGUAUGUUAACAGUCCAGAAGAUGUUAGAGAACAAAUGUGAAGAUUACGCACUCCCUUGUCCAUGAGUUAAAAACAAAAAGAUAUAUAGAAAUCUUCACUUUGUUUAUUUUUGUGAAUGUCAUUUGAUGCUUUUACACUGAUUCUGUGACAAGGAUUCAGAAUAAAUACUUGAGUUAUCAGUAAUUAUA